UGUCUCCAUGGAGAUGGUGGGAUCAGUCUAAUGUUUAGAGGCAAUAAGGAAGUGGACUCUGAUCUCUGGUUUCGCUGAAGCUGAAGCUAAAGAAAACAUUCUACUGGAGAACACGACUGAAGAACCGGCUGUGGUUCUAAUGAACACAGCAGAAUUGUGUUAAGAAGAGAAGAGAACAGAACAGAACAGAACAGAACAGAACAGAACAGAACAGAACAGAAGAGAACCUGCUGUGGUUCUAUUGAACAGAACCUGCUGGUUGUUGCUGAGUGAAGAACUAUGAAGCUGGAUGUGAAGAUUCAGCUGCUGAACUUCUGCUUUGAAGUUUUUAACUUCAUCUUUCUGGCUCUGGGUUUAAGUGUGUUGGGUUGCGGUCUCUGGAUUCUGUUUGAUGGAGGAAGCCUCCUGACCGUCAACCCCUCAGACGAGCUGCGUGUGGUGGGGGCGGGGCUGAUGCUGAUUGGUCUGGUGGUGUUGGUGGUCUGCGUGGUCGGGAUCAUUGGCGCCGUCAGAGAGCUCCGCCUCCUGUUGCUGGUGUACAUGGGCCUCCUGGUGGUUCUGGUCCUGGGUCAGCUGUUCGUCACACUGCUGCUGCUCAUGAACAGAGAAAAGAUUGAACGGGGUCUGGAUGAAACCGUGGACCGGAUCAUCUCUGAGUACGGAGCAGGCAACAGAUCAGACCCUCUGAUGGACAAGAUCCAGAACUACGAAGGCUGCUGUGGACGGACCGGCCCUUCUGAUUGGCUGAAGAACUCCUUCAUCCAGAGUCUGAACCUGACUGCUAAACUACUUCCUUGUUCCUGUUUCCGGUCCAGUCGACCCACCGCCGACUCGCCCUGGUGCUCCAACCUGAACGUCAGCACACCUCAGUACGGGACGGGGAACGGGUCGUAUCAAGAGGGCUGCAGACAGAAGCUCUCUGAUUGGCUGCAGGAGAACAUCCUGACGGCAGUCGGCAUGGACGUCGCUCUCAUGUUGAUCCAGGUGCUCCAGUUCGUCUUCAGCGUGUAUCUCUACCGAACGCUCGGCAGAAGGGCCGAAUGGGAAAAGUCUGACCGUCUGGCCGACCCUAAAGGCGACGUGGACUACGGAGAGCAGAACUACGCCUACAUGGAUCCCGUUGACGGUUACAUAGACUCCGCCCACCCGGGUCAUCACCAUGACUACCAUGAGCCGUCAGACGCCGCCCACCUGGAUUAUGACCACGGUUACCAUGACGACCGGGACUACGACUAAACGCAGCGACCGUCAACAGACUUCACAAUAAACAGUCUUCAUAUUUAAUGUUCAAAAUCAAUAAAUAAUAAAGUCUGUAGCUGCUG